AGGGCUGGUCGUUGCUCCAGCAGAAAUGAUAUGCCAUUUGUCUUUUUUAGUUAUCUGCAGUCUUUUCGUGUCUCAGUGCUAUGGUGGCUGUGCGGAGGUGGACUCCCUGACUGAAGCCGUGGCAGGAGAAGGAUUCCUGCUGGGCUGCAUCUCCUGUAAAAUAAGAGAGGAGGUCCCUGCCCAAGCCACCGUAGAUUGGCACUUCAAACCGCUGGGAGAGGAGGAGUUCAUGCAUAUUUUCCACUAUGAGCACCCCAGUGCCGACAUCCUCCAUGAAGAUUUCAGUGACCGCCUGGAGUGGCAUGGGACACAAAACAGCGAUAUUCAGACAGGAUCCAUUUACAUUCAAAAUGUCACCUUCAAUGACACAGGGAUGUACCGCUGCACGGUCCAUCGCACUCUCUUCCUGUCGCAAUAUCACGAGCAUGUUACUGUGGAGAAGGAGGUGGAGCUCAGCGUAGUGGCUGUAGCCAAUCCGGAGCUGACAGCGGUGAUCUCAGAGAUAAUGAUGUACGUGCUGAUCGUGGUUCUGCAGCUGUGGCUCAUUAUAGUUAUGGUCUACUGUUAUAAGAAGAUUUCGGAGGAGCACGAAGCUCGGGAGGCCCGUAAAGCUCUCAAGGCUCAGGCACAACUAAUAGAAUCAAAAGACAACUGUGACGGGGUGCAGCUAGAGUAACACUACUGGUGAAAAAAGAUCAUCUCUGCAAGAGUCAAGCUUCAUUACUGUAUUUUUCUAACAAAGACACAAUUACUGUAUGAGAAGUUGAUUUUUAAACGCCUUGGUCUGCGAAGUCAUAUAUGCAACUUGUAUGGUUAAGUACAAAUAGAAGCUGAUAGGCAGAUUUCCUUUAGAUUUCAGUGAAAUGCAAUGUCAAAGGUGUGCUAUGAGACUAUUGGAUGGAUCUGUGAAAAAAAUGCCUUUAAAGGUUUUUUUUAAAAACAAAUGGCCUUCAGUGUAGGGAAUCCAAUGAAUGGUUAUUCUUAUUGUUGAAUAAUGUCAAAAAUGACUAUGUCAAUUUACCAGAGCAUAAAGUAAUGUGUCCAAACAACUUAAAGUAAAAAGUUUAUCCGUUA